GAAUUUUCAGACAGGAAGAUGCAUCAGACAGAAUGAAACUAAAGGUUUUGGAAUUUUAUAACAACAGAAAAAGAUAUAAUGGCUGUUGGAGAUGGUGGAAAAGCCAAAAGUGAACAUCAAAUUGAAAACGAAGAAAAUGCUGGGGUGGUAAGCCCUGAAGAACAGAGGAACUGCCUAAAAACCUUGCUGCAGACGCAAUUGAGCAAAGGGGAAACUUGGUAUCUUGUUGAUUCCAAGUGGUUUAAACAAUGGAAAAAGUAUGUUGGAUAUGACAGUUGGGAUGUUGACAAAGCAGGCACAAAGACUAUGUAUCCAGGACCUAUUGACAAUUCUGGUCUUUUUGCAGAUGAUAAUUGUGAGAAGUUAAAAACCCAUCUAAUUGAUGAACUUGACUACGUCCUUCUGCCUGUUGAAGCAUGGGAAAAGCUAGCAGCUUGGUAUGGUCUUAGCGAUGGACAGAGUGCUAUUGCAAGACAAGUUGUGGAACAUGGAAUGUUUGUAAAACAUUGUAAAGUGGAGGUGUACUUGGUUGAGCUGAAACUUUGUCAUAACAGUGAUAUGGAGACAUGUCAAAUAAGACCAUUUAGUAGAGCAGAUAAUAUAGGCCAUGUUGAAAGUGUCAUGAAGAAUAUAUUUGAGGUGGCAGAUGAAAAGGAGACUAGAAUAUGGAACAAAUAUAUGAGCAAUACUUAUGAGUUACUAAGUAAAAAAGAACAAACAAUUCAAGACUGUGGUUUAUAUAAUGGGCAGGUUGUUGUUCUUGAAGUAAAAAAGGAUGAUGGUUCUUGGACUCGAGAGGUCCCAAAAAGUUUGACAUUUGCUUCAUCGCCGCUAUCAACAUCGCCUAUCGAUUCAUCCUUCCCGGAUAACAGUCCAUAUUCAAGCCACUCGAGCACCAGCGGAUAUUCAAGUUACUACAACGAAUACAACGCGCGGGAGUCUCCUAGUCAUCCUGGUCUUUGUGGCCUCACAAAUCUUGGCAACACUUGUUUCAUGAACUCAGCUGUCCAAUGCUUGAGCAACUGUGUAACACUCACCAAGUACUUCGUCAACGACUUUUACAAGAACGAACUGAACAAGGAAAAUCCCCUGGGCAUGCGCGGUGAGAUUGCGAAUGCGUACGCUGGACUCAUGCAUCAAAUGUGGUCGGGAAAGUAUAGUGUAAUAUCCCCGAGGCAAUUCAAGACAGCCGUAGGUAGAUUCGCCCCACAGUUUUCUGGUUACCAACAGCAAGAUUCACAGGAGCUCAUGGCGUUUCUGCUCGAUGGUUUGCACGAGGACUUGAACCGGAUCAAGAAGAAACCAUAUAUUGAGUUGAAGGACUCAGAUGGCAGACCUGAUCACCUUGUUGCUCAAGAACUAUGGCAGGCGCAUCGACAAAGAAAUGAUUCCAUCAUUGUCGAUUUUUUUCAUGGUCAAUUUAAAUCCACUUUGAUAUGUCCAGUCUGUGAAAAGGUUUCCAUUACAUUUGAUCCAUUCUGUUAUCUCAGUCUUCCUUUACCGGUCAAAAAGGAACGCAAUAUUGACGUGUUUCUUAUUCCUGACGAUCCAAUGAUACUCCCUAAGCAGUAUAAGCUGACCGUACCAAAGAGAGGAACAGUGAGAGAUUUAGUUAAAGCAAUGUCAAACGAAACUGGAAUUCCGCAAGAAAAGAUGAUCGUUGCCGAUGUUUAUAAUCACAGGUUUCACAAGAUAUUUUCACUGACAGACGGUCUGACCAAUAUUCUUGACAGGGAUGAUAUAUUUAUAUAUGAAGUUCCAGAAAAACACAGUGAAGACGUGAUCAAUGUACCUGUAUAUUUACGUGAGAAAAAGUAUAGCGCCUUUUCCUCUUCCUCGAAUAUGUUUGGUAGUCCGUUGUUUGUAAAGAUCACCCCAGAUUCAACUACGUAUCAAGAAUUGUAUGAUGCUAUACUCUAUAAAACGAGACGAUUCGUAAAAGUAUUUGAAGAGAAUGGAGAUUCUCAAGCAAAAGGCGUUACGAAAUCAGAUGAUGAAGUGGAGAACAACGAAACAGAAGAAGAGAAGAUCGAGGAUAGCAAUGAAAAAUCUCUGGAUGAGAACAACAAAGGCGAAUCAAGUGAGAAGACGGUACCAACAUUAUUUACAAUGUGUACGGUGAAUAGUUAUGGAAGCGCUGAUAUCGAAACUCUCAAGGAUGAUGGAAAGCCUCUCAGAAUUUCAGCACGAAGUUACGUCGCUGUUGACUGGUAUCCGAAAAUGAAAGCGAAAUAUUACGAUCAGUCAAAAGCCGAGGAAGUGACACAUCAUGAGAGCGUUGAUCGCAAGUUUACCGAGAGGAAAACGAUCACAUUAGAUGAUUGCAUUAAUCUCUUCUUAAAUAAAGAAAAACUUAGUGCUGAUGAUCCCUGGUAUUGCCCCACUUGUAAGGAGCACCAGCAAGCCACGAAGAAAUUUGAUUUGUGGUCCCUACCAAAGAUUUUAAUCAUUCAUCUUAAAAGAUUCUCUUACAACAGGUUUUGGAGAGAUAAAUUGGACAUCAAAGUUGACUUUCCUUUGACUAAUUUGGACAUGUCAAAAUAUGUGAUCAAUAGUGAACAUCCUCCCGCAAUUUAUGACUUACACGCAGUCUCGAAUCAUUUUGGAGGUCUUGGUGGAGGACAUUACACGGCAUUUGGAAAGAACCCAAACAAGAACGAUUGGUAUAAUUUCGAUGACAGUAGCGUAUCAUCUAUGCAUGAAGACAGAGUUGUUUCAUCGUCUGCUUACCUGCUGUGUUACACCAGACGAGGUGACAAUGGAAGACAAGAUGAUAUAAACGAUGAACAAAGAAUGGAAUACGAUGACGAAUCACCUUCUUCCUCGACAUAUGAACCAACAGACUCGGUGAACGAUAUGGUGUGAUUCAUCCAAAAGUAGUAAUUUUCCCAAAUUGUACUCCAAAUUGCGUCCCAGACACGUAUGAUGAAGUAAAUUUAGAUUUUAUAUCUGGAUAUUAUGCAUUAUUUUAGUUUGUUGAGUGCUUAUGUUAAUAUGAAAAAGAACUGGCGGCAAUGUUAUAAAUGCAUGCAUGCGGAUUGCUAUUACUAAUGUACCGAAGGAUAUAUUACUGAUAUUCGACUGAUAACCUUUUUUUAAAAUACAUUUCAUGGUUUUAUAUUUAAAAAGGAAUUAGUGACAUGUCCUUCACGUGUUCUUUGGUAAUGUCAGGUUUAGUAUUGAAUGGCUGCAUUCCUGGUUAGGGUUUAUAGUUAUAUAUAUAAGUAGGCGUAGCCAGCCUGACGAUUUUGUCCCGCUAUGUAAUCUUCGAGUUAUUUUAA